AGACCAUUGUAUCAGCACUAAUAACUCUGUCAAAUGUCAGCCUAGACACAGUCUACAAGGAUAUGGUGACCCAAGCUCAGCAGAAAGUGUGGAACUUAAUCAUUUUGACGUGUUUAUUGUUUCCAAGGAAAUAACUUUACAGCAGAUAAUGGCACAUUUGGACUCCAUUCGAAAAGAUAUGGUCAUCCUGGAGAAAAGUGAAUUUGCAAACUUGAGGGCAGAGAAUGAGAAAAUGAAAAUUGAAUUAGAUCAAGUUAAACAGCAGCUAAUGAAUGAAACGGGUAAAAUCCGAGCUGACAACAAGCUAGAUAUAAACCUGGAAAGAAGCAGAGUGACAGAUAUGUUUACAGAUCAAGAGAAGAAACUCAUGGAAGCAACUACAGAGUUUCAUAAGAAAGAUUCAAGUACCAACAGUGUUAUCUCAGAAAUCAGCAAUAAAAUUGACACUGAAAUAGCUUCCUUAAAAACACUUAUGGAAUCGAAUAAACUGGAUACAAUACGUUAUUUGGCAGCUUCAGUAUUUACUUGCCUAGCAAUAGCACUGGGAUUUUAUAGGUUCUGGAAAUAGAUGGAAUACAUAAAUGGAAUGACUACAUCGAAUAUAGAUGGAGAAAAGGUCACCAUGGCACAUCUGCUAGGCCAUCAUGUUUGAGCUGUAGAUAAUCUUGGUACCCUUUUGUUUCGAUAUUCCUAUUGUGCACUAAAAAUGUUUUCUUAAUAGGUAACACUAAAGAUCAAAAUAAAUGGGGAGGGAAAAGUAGGCAAAUACAUAGUAAUAAUUCUGUGUCUCUUAUGCAAUAAUUUAUUUAUUUCAAGAGACUUUCUACAUUAAAUCAGAAAGUGUUCCCUAAUACAUUUCGGAAUUAAUUUUGUUCUGUCUUUCAGAACAUUCUCUAUGCUCUCAGCUCCCCUCAAAAUGGAAAUACUAAACAUCUGAUACGCCCUUGAAAAUAUAGGAAUAUUAAUGCUGGAUUCCAGCAGACCUACUCUGAUCCAAGCAGAGCAUUCUAAUCUUAAAUAUAGGAGCUGGAUGUUUCUUCAGUUUGUUACUCUCUUUUCUGAGGGGGUUAAAGCAUGGCUCCUUGGCAAUAUAUAUA